AUGGUGAUGCUUGAUCUCAGCGAAAAUAAAUUCACGGGUAGGUUACCUAUAUUUGGGAAACAUUCUCAAUCACUGCAAGUGAUCAAUUUAGAGAAAAAUUGCUUUGUUAGAGGCAAUCGUCCACAAUUUUGCCAACUUCACAGUCUCCGUUUCUUGAGCCUAGCACAGAAUUACAUAUCUGGAUCCAUUCCCAAUUGUAUUGACGGGCUCUUGGCUAUGGUUGAUGAUGUGUCAGGUCCAGUAUUUAUUUUCCUUGUCGAUGUUAUUGCUACUACAAAGGGAAUCAGCCGAACAUAUGAUGGGACGCUUCGGUACUUCAUCUCAAUCGAUCUCUCUACGAACAUGUUGGAUGGGCAGAUACCAGAAGAGUUAACUAGGCUAGUCCAAUUUCAAAAUUUGAACCUCUCUCAAAAUAAUUUGAGUGGACACAUCCCCUCAAACAUUAGUGACCUGAAAAACUUGGAAUCUCUUGAUCUUUCCAGAAAUAAAUUGUUGGGUACCAUCCCUUCGAGCAUAUCCAACAUUGACUUCAUUAGUCAUCUGAAUCUGUCCUUCAAUAGACUCUCCGCUCCUAUUCCAUCUGGCAACCAUUUGCGCACCAUGGACGAUGAAUCUGUUUAUCGCGGCAACAACGAACUCUGUGGACCUCCUCUUUCUAAGAUUUGUCCAGGAGAUAAGCCAUCUGGUAUUGACGGUGAUAAUUCGAGUGGAGAUAAGCUUAGUGAAGGCAAUUUGGACAUCCGCAAUUGGUUCAUUGCAGGUUUGGGACCGGGUUUUACAAUCGGAUUUCUAGGAUUUUGCAGCUUCUUGCACUUCAAGCGAUCUUAG